UCGCAUUAGUAUAACGCUGUGAGCGGAAAAGAACAGUAUAAGUGAUCUGUACGAUUACUAUAAUCCGAUAAAGUUUAAAGUGCACUGCUUUCUAAUACUUACGUAAAAUGGGGUAAACGCUGAAAAAUUGCAAUAGCAAUAGCAUUAAAUGGAUACAUUUUCCGUUUCAUACAUGAAAUGUACAAAAUCGUAUAAACCGUUUAUUUUGUCAUCAAUCAGAGUUUAAUAUCGUCCGUGAACAUCGAGAACCUUCAAUAUUUCAGUGAUAUUUUUUCAUUACGCCUGCAAUCAAUCCUCAUAAAAGCUUUAGUAUUCGCGCGUCUUUUUCCCUUUACUCUUAGUCUUUAAAACAGUCAGUUUCACCCUGACCCCCUUAACGUAAUUUCCCGCUCGGUUUUUCUUACCGUGCGAGCACUUUCAUUUUCUCUCUCAUUCUUUUUUCGAAGGGUAAGUCAAUGUGGCAGCAGCACCAUAGGAGCAUAGGUGUAUGUGAUUUGUCUUGUCGAUAUAACGACCGCUUGUGAGAAAACGAGACUACCGGAAAGGUUGAUGCUUCUUCUCGUACCAGUGCACUUGCUGCCCCAUUUUCCGUUCGUUAUAAGUGCGAAAGCUUCCCUUCACGCGAGCUUACUUGCACGUGCUAGCACACGUGACGUGAAAAACUCGUCUACCACGUACAGUGAGGUAUAGAUUUAGUGUUGCUUGAACAUGACGCUUCUUAACUUUCAGUGCGCGUUUAUUUCUCAAACUUUCUAAUGAAUAAAAGGAAUAAAACAAAAGUAAAUUAAAUUUUGUGAACUGUCAGGCAUAUUUGUGGCAUUAAAUAUAUCUAUUUAUAUUUAAAAGAGUAGGCCAUUAAGUUUGAUUUCAAUUACUUUGCGAUAAAAAUUCAUUGAAACGGAUGUUGAAUGUGUUUCAAAUCUUGUUCAAAACAUGUUAUGAAGUUGAAAAAAAUGACUUUCGCAAAUUCAAACGUAAUCGACAUCAUCGACACGGAGGCAGUUGUGUACAGUGCUGGAAAGACACAUCGCGCAGAUACUCGAACAGGAACAAUUCGCAUAACACUUACGUGUAGCAGAGGUAGUUAACGAACGAAUCGAAGUGAAGCGUGAGAGAGAAAGCUCAAAAAUGGUCUGCGUUGAGGGGCUGCUCGAGGAAAAAAGGAGGCUAUAUCGAUGUCGGCGUCGAGCCUGCGCACACUGUCACCCCAAUAUGGAUUCCGUGCAGGCAGGCAGCGCUCUGCCCUCAAGUUGGCCCUUGCGAGCGCAGCACAAAGCGCAAGCUCGUCGGGGCAGGCAGUCGUGAAAAAAACUGCGCGCCGCGAGCAACGCCAACACUGGUGGUACACAGCGGCUGUUGCACACGCGUCGCAAGUAUGAAUCGACUGUGAGCGACAGGCCGAGCGACAGCGAGCACUCGCGGCUUCGAAUUGGUGGCCGCUGACAGUUUGACGGCGAGGAAACGCAGCGACCAUGGAAGACAAGGGGAACGCUAGCGGCGAUGCGCCGUCACAGGGUUAUUUGUACGCCUGUCAGAGGGCAGAGCUGCUGGGGCUACCGACGCCUACGGAACAGGAGUGGCUUGCAAGCGAGGAAUGCGCCAGGCUACGGGAGGAACAGGAGCAGGAAGCUCACGACGACGCCGUCGCUCAGGAAUUGGAUGAAAAUGAAGAAGGUAUGAAGCGGAUUGGCGGAGGCUUGGACGAGCUGAACACAAUACUAAAUGCAACUCAAAAAAAGAUCAACAAGUUUAAAAAUGUAUGCGGUAGCCUUGGUACGUUGUUGAAAGCCCGAGUAUCGACAGCUUCGCAGCCUGGUACACCAGAGCACAAGUCACGCUCAGGAUCGGCGUCCGAACCUCAGCCGUCAACGAGCGCUGACGAGCAGCCCGAGGAAGUGACAAGCGAAGAGGGGGCCACGGAGGAAGGUGGCGAGUUGCCGCGAGUGACCACAAAUAGAAAAGCCGAUAUCAACACUAAAAUGACUUCGCACCUUGACAAACUUGACUCGCUCAUAUCCAAGGCUGAGAACGCUCAGUACAGCAUGAAGCAUCAGACAAACCAGAUGAAAGCUUUCAUGAAGUGAACACCUUCAUUAGCCUUUGGACUUUAACAAGUGCGAUUGUAAAAGUCAUUCUUUCGAUUACUUUGGUGAUGAAAGGAUUCCAAAUAGAAUGUUGGUUUUCAAUGUUUAUGAUUGAUUGAGUAUUUAUUUUGCCAUAUACGUUAUUAUGUUAAACGAAUACAUCGAGUAAAACAAUGUAUUGGUGAAGUUUUACGUGAUCGGUAACAAUAAUGUGAAGAUUUUAAGCGGAAUUUUCUAUAACAUAAUUAUUCAUUAUACACAAAUUGGAUGAAAAAAUGUUAGCUUUCGGUUGGGUUGAUUUCAAAUUUUUCAGAAAUGUUUACAUACGAAUGAAGACUCAUUCAUAUAGAAAAAAUUGACAUACCUGUUUGAACAACGAAUUGAUUUUUGUCAUUCAUAACUUACAAUAGUUAUACAAAAGAAGCUUUGAUGUAUUAUAGAUCAAAUUUUAGAAAAAAAACUGAAAAAAUUAAUUUUAAUUUGAAGCCAUAUAGAAAAUUCCGUACAUUAAAAGUCUCAUCAGUAUUACAAUGAAUCAAGUACUUUUUAAUAACUGUUAAAAACGUCAUUUGAUAAAAAAGAAUGUUGAUAUUUUGAAAGUGUCAAAGAAAUCGAUGUAUUUUUCUGAUACGGGUGUUAACAAAUCUGUUGUUAUGUAUUUGCAUUAGGGGACGUCUUCCUUCUUUUCGUUGUCAAAUAUAUACAUACGAUUUCUUAGCCAGGUUCAUGUAGAGUUAAGGAAGAACUCGUGUACAACAUAUUUAACGAACAAUGUAUAGGAUACUUUUCAAGUUUGGCAAGGUAUGGCAAGCAUAUCAAUGUAAAAAAUAGCUUUGCAGUGCACUUACACGUAUAACAACAAAUAAUCCAUAAGAAAUUUAUAUAUCGAAAACGGCUUUAACUGACGAAUUCCGCAUGUUUGUUAGGUACAUAAUUAUACAAAGCAUUUUUUAUUGUUGAAAAUUAUCCGUGCGGCAUAGAUUUUUGUAUUUCGUUACUGUUUUAAUACUCAAAAAUGAAAUUAUCCAUUGUACAAGACUAAGGAAACGUUGAAAGCAAUACAAAUAUAAGUAAUCAGCCUAUUUUGAGAUUACUUGUCUUACAAAUUCUACUUUUCUGCUACUAAAGACUUUAAAUCACAUCGUAUACCUAUAUUACUUAUGUUACCUGUCUCCAAUUUCAUGAUUAUCUCAAAAUAUAUAUUCGAACGACGCCUAAAAAUAACAUUAUUAUUCUUGAUAUAAUCGUGGAAUAGUUGAAUUUUAACCGUGUAACGGUAAAAAUUAGCGAGAAGUAAAUUAACAGAUUGCUAUUUUUACUGUAUGCAGUUAAACUGAAAAUGAUGUAACUUUUAAUAUCACAAGGAAGUGCGAGAUGAAAGAAUUUGCAUAUUUUUCUAGCAAUGUAUCAUGUGCAAAUACUAAUAUUGAUCAUUGUCUGUUCGAAUAAUACUUUUAUAGCAUUAACAAUUACGUCGACUUCUUUAGACUCUGUACCCACAAGAUAGUUCGUCUAAUAAUAUUUUUAACUUUCGACUCUUUCUCUCUAAAUGUACCACAAGUUUAGUUACAAAACGUAUGAAGUACAUCACCUUUAAUAAAAAUUGUGAUACUCUACUUUACGUCUGCCUAUCUUCGCCAAGUUAAUACUCUUCAAUUGUGAGUCAGUUUGGAAGAAUUAAGUUUGAACGAAAAAGAGAAUAAUUUUUAUGACAAUCUCACUGAUGGGGAGAUGUUUUUAGAUUGAUCAACAUAAAUAGGAUUGUUUGAAUUUUAUAUAUGAUAUAUUUGACAAAUUUUAACGAUAAUUUUGAUCGUUGAACGCAACAGUUUCUUGAAAAGUUAUAAUCGUGUUUUUGCGAAUUAUACUUAUAUAGAAUAUAUUCAAUAAUUUGCAUAUUAUAUAUAUACACCGAAACACGCUUAACGCAUACAAUUCAAUUAUACCUGUAUCUCGUAAAACUAUGAAGUAACAUAAAAUAUAACAAUGAAAACCGAAAACAUAAAUGUCGUCCAAGUAUCUUGUAUCAGAAAUAAGUGAAAAAUAAUGUAAAUGGUACCAACCACUUGACUGCGGUAAUGUAACAAUUGCUUGUUGAUACUGAAAGAAGCAAU